AUGUACGUUGCCAUCCAGGUUGUUCUUUCUUUGUAUGCUAGUGGUCGUACUACAUGCAUUACGCUGGAUUCUGGUGAUGGUGUUUCUCAUGCUGUGACAAUCUAUGAAGGAUAUGCCCUUCCACAUGCCAUCAUGACAACAAAAUCCGUGGAUUUAGAUUGGAAAAUGAGGGCAUUUGGGGUUUUGCCAACGUUCCUUUUGCAUGCCUUUUCUUCUAUUGCUUAUUCUGCAUUUGCAAGCAUCAGAAAGAUGUGUGAUGAGAGGGACAAGAAAACUCUAGAAAGACUUCGUGCUGAAAGGCAAGUAAAAAUUGAUGAACUUAAGGAGAUGAGAAAUUAUUACAUUACACAACAGCUUAUUCAGAGAUAUGAUCUUGAUCCAGCAGCAAAGGCUGCUGCUGCAACUGUCCUUGCAUCAAAGUUGGGUCCAGAUUCAGGUCUGAAAUUCCAUGUUGAAGAUGGAUCUAAUCUUAAUGUCCUGAGGGGGAAGAGCGACGAUGUUGAGCUAGUACCAUCAAGUGGACUUCAAAAAAGAAAGCCCAGUAGACCCAAUAGUACGACAUGCACUCCUUCGAUUCAUUCUGAUGAUGAAACAACACCUUAUUCUUCUUCAAGGAAUGAGGGUCCCCGAGCUUCUGAGCAAGGUCAAAUAGUAGUUAAUCAUUGCAAUCCACAGGGACCUUCUGCACAGGACGAGGGAUGGCUUGCUCGUUUUGCGGCCUUGCUUGUUGGUGAAGAUCCAACACAAUCAUAUGCACUUAUAUGUGGCAAUUUCCACAUGCACAACGGACUUGAAAGCUUCACAGCCAAGUGUCCAUAA